AUGGCCUCCACCUGCGACACCGCAAAUGGCUACGAUGGCCACAUGGGCCUGCGCAUUUCCGCCAUCUUCGUCAUCCUGAUAGGCUCACUGUUUGGCUCCGUCUUCCCCGUGCUCGCCAAACGGCUGGGCGGCAACGGCGUCCCGUCCUGGGUGUUUUUCAUCGCCAAAUACUUCGGCUCCGGGGUCAUUGUGGCCACGGCCUUUAUCCACCUGCUCGCCUCGGCCGAGGACGAGCUAAGGGAUCCGUGUCUCACUGGCCCCAUUACGGAUUAUAGUUGGACGGAGGGUAUUGUGCUUAUGACUAUUGUGGUGAUGUUUUUCGUGGAGUUGAUGGUUAUGCGGUACUCUUUUCCCGAUGGACAUGGACAUGGACACGGACAUGAAGAUGAUCACUCGUCUUCUGACUCGGACUCGGGCUCGGGCUCGGGGUCCAAUUCGCAUUCUCAUUCAAAUUCACAAUCGACUCUUGGGGUGAAUGCUGCUAUCAUGGCUGCCCCCAACAAAGAACAGGAACACAUGCCCGGUAACGACCAUCUCAGCCACACCCGGGACCACCGCGACAUCGAGUCUGCCAGCUCCAAGGAACCUGACAUGAGCACCGAGGACUACGCAGCCCAAUUAGCAGCGGUCUUCAUCCUCGAAUUUGGCAUCAUCUUCCACUCCGUCUUCAUUGGACUUACCCUCGCCGUCUCCGGCAGCGAUUUUAUCACGCUCUACAUCGUGCUAGUCUUUCACCAGACCUUUGAAGGACUCGGUCUGGGCUCGCGUCUGGCCACACUACCAUGGCCCGAAUCCAAACGCUUCACGCCCUACCUGCUCGGUAUAGGGUACUCGGUAUCGACUCCGAUCGCGACUGCAAUCGGCCUCGGGGUGCGUUCCACGUACGCCCCCAACGGCCGAACGACGCUAAUUGUGAAUGGCGUGUUUGACGCUAUUUCCGCCGGCGUCCUGAUCUAUACGUCUCUCGUCGAGCUCAUGGCGCACGAGUUCAUGUUCAGUGCUUCCAUGCGCCGGGCGCCUUUGUCCACUGUGCUAUUUGCGUUUGUGCUGAUAUGCCUUGGCGCGGGUCUGAUGGCAUUGCUGGGGAAAUGGGCAUGA